ACAUCCUCCACAGCGCCCUGCUGAGUGUCGAGGGCGACUUGAGCGCCAUCGACGCCCUACUGAGCCACGUCCGGACCACCCUGGACGAUGCCAUCGGCACCCUGUGUGACGAAGAGGCGACCGCGAUGGCGGAGGCCAAGACGGCGUUUCAAACAAACCCACUGACUCGAGUAACCAGCCAAUCUCAGCCCUGUCCACUUGACUCGGGAUGUCAUGAAAAUACCCACAGUGCCUCAGAAUCCCAUGACGCUCCUGGCUUUGAGUCUGCUCAACCCCGUCUCGGCGCCAUCCUCCCUGAGGAUGGCGCCGAGGAUGCAUCGUGUUCUCAAGGUUCAGACGGUCGGGGUGUGUCCGAUUUGAACUACAGCCGCCCCCAGGCGGGCCUCGGAGGGGAGGGGGAGUCAGAGCCUCGGGAACGUGAAGAGCAGACGAGCACUGGAGCAGAGGGCAAAGGGAAGAUAGAGGGAGACGUUGUCAGAACUGUCGAGCCGGAGACUGAUAUUCACAAGGACAACCCCCUCAAGGCAGAUGAACACAGAGAGAGGGAGGCGGAGAGAGAGAAAGAGAUGCACAGAGAGGGGAAGCGGGCCAGAGGAGGAGAGAGUCAAUUGGUCACAUCGGGGCUUACAGGAAGAUCAACCAAUGGCCAGGCAGACGUCCCCGAUGCCUGCUACGUCACAGCGCCUGAAGGCGUGGCCCAGGUCCUGACCUGUGAGGUGGUGGAAACCCUCAGCUCCUUGAUGGUGAUUGGGUCGGAGGAGCUGGUCAGCAGUGUCAUGCGGGUCAAAGUUCAGGACGGGUCCCAAUGCCAGUUCCCAAUCACGGUCGCUGUGCCUUUCCGGGCACGUUAUCGUGGUAACUACAGGGAUGUGGUCGUCAAGGUGAUUGACGGGGACGGGAGGGUGAGCUCCAUUAGUCCCGUCAGCACUGAGGGGACGUUUGGAGGACAGAAGGGCUCAUUUGCGCAGGUCCGGGUGUACGCCCUGGGCCUGUUUGCAGUGCUGUCAUGUCUGAAGAGAGAGAGCUACACCGUCCAUGGGAGAGGCCUGUCAAUCAAACUGAGCAUGGACCCACGGGUCUGCCUGGACUAUCUCCCAGGAUCCUUCACUGCACCUGUGGUCGUCCAGUCCAUGGUCCAGCCCGUGGACACCCCUCUGCUGUCCAGUCUGAAGUCCAGCAGCGAAGUGUACCACUCGCUGGUCUCCACCACGCCCCUCCUCCACCUGGCCCACCCCACCUCCCAGCCCCUCCGCCGGCCCCUCUCUCUCACCUUGCCCUGCCCCCCCGGCGCCGACAAGAGGAGAGCGGCAGGGUGGGGGGAGGAGCCUGAGCGCCCCAUCAGCGUGGCCCCGCCCAGGGACACGCCCGGCCUGCGCCGCGCGAGAGCAUUGAGCGCCUCGGCACAGUGCUCUAGAGAAUCGUCCAAUGAGCUCCUGGUUCUACUGGGCUGGAGGGAGGAGCAGUGGAACGUUCUGGAGAAGACCACUGUUAGAAACCUGCAGAAUGGCCUGGUGUCCUUUGAGCUGACAGAGAACUAUGAGAGACUGAUGGUGAUGCGUCUCUUCUCCUCCAUGCGCUCGUCCCAUCUGGUCUCCCUGGUGGAGGAAGUGGAGGCGUGUGUCCAGCGCACCAUGGUCACCAUCGUUCUCCAGCGCCGCCGAGAUGACCCCCAGGCCGCAGUGGUGGCUGUCUUCCCCAGCAGGGACCUCGGCUGGGAGCUGUCCAAACUGCGGGCCCAGGCUUACUGCGGCCCUCCAGAGCCCUCCCAGGAGACCCCCAUGUGUGAGGGAGAGCAGCUCCUUCUAUCCUUCACUGGGAACGUCACAUGUGCAGAGCACCUGAACAACCAAACUGGCAGCGCCUGUGUGCCAAUCACCUUCCACAGCCAGAGGAAGAACCGCCUCUUCCUGCGUCUUACAGAGGUGGACCCGUUCGGGAACUACAGCUCGCCGCACUACAAGGGGACAGCCGUCUUCCACAAGGUCGCCAGGGGUCAACUAGAACGGCGUGGGGAUGAGGCGCUGCCCUCGAGCUCUCGUCCGCUCGACGAGCCCGUCUGCAAGCUGUCGUUGACGCUGCCCAAGAAAGUGAGAUCCAUCUGUCGACCUGUGAGCGCUAAGGUGAAGCUGUGUGACGAGACAGAGGCCCUGUCAGACGCCCUGCUUUGCUGGCUUUCCCGGGAGCUCUCCGAGGAGGACUUGACGCCCCUGGUCCUCUCCCUGCGCCUGCGCCGGAGCUCCAUCCAGAUGGUGAGGCUGCAGGCCCCCGACAGCCUCCCCGCCCAGGCCCUCCACAUCCUGGGCCUGUGGAGGAGGUCUCUCCCCGCCGCCCCGCAGCCCUCCAAAUCCUCCCAGCUGGCCCACUGUCUGGCCAAGAGCGGGAGGCCCGACCUGGCCAAGGAGCUGCUGUUGCGGCAGGACGCCACCAGAGGGGGCUCUAGUAGAGCACUGGGAGAGGCGAUGUAAGGAUCAGACAUGGAAUCGUUUCCUCGUCGUCUUGAGUAAACAACACGAGAGAUAGAGGGUUUGAGGUGUUCCAAACACUGCUCACACGAAAGCUUGUAUGAUCAUCAGUGAUGAGUUGCUGCUGCUCCAACAGGUAGACAACAGACUCAUAACUGAGGAACUACAUUCUGUCAGGCAUUGAAUUUUCAUUGAAGAUAUGCAGUAAAAAGAAAUGUGGGGUGAAAACAAGAAAAAUCCAGUUUGUUUCUGUGUUGUCAGGCAAUUAACCUGUUUAAUAAAGCACAUUCUGUCAGCAAAAUACUGAGUUGAAACCUUUUGGAAAAAAAACAGGAUCAAGAUCCUUUCAGACCUGGCUUGUCUCUUGUAAUAA